UGCUGUUUCUCGAAAAAAAAACAGAAGAACUUUACAAAUCGAACCGUGGAGGCCUUCCGUUCGCCCGUCUUCUCCCCCUCCGAUUUCGCCAUGGACAACGCCGCCCCGAACUCUUCCUCCUCCGCCGCCGCAACCGCCGCCGCCGUAGCGGCUGCGGCCGCUUCCGGUAACGGCGUACAAGGGGGCGACCGUCCCGAGGACCCGUCGAAGCAGAACCUGGCGCAGGUCACGGCAUCGAUCCAGAGGACCCUGGGCCUGCUCCACCAGCUCAACCUCAACGUCUCCUCCUUCAGCUCCGCGUCCCAACUCCCCCUCCUCCAGCGCCUGAACGCGCUGGUGGCGGAGCUCGACACGAUGCAGAAGCUCGCCGAGGGGUGCAACAUCCAGGUGCCCAUGGAGGUCGUCAAUUUGAUUGAUGACGGGAAGAACCCCGAUGAGUUCACCAGGGACGUGCUCAACAGCUGCAUCGCCAAGAACCAGAUCACCAAGGGCAAGACCGACGCUUUCAAGAGUCUGAGGAAGCAUCUUCUAGAGGAGCUUGAAGAAGCUUUUCCUGAAGACAUCGAAGCAUACAGGCAGAUACGUGCUACUUCUGCCGCUGAAUCAAAGCGGUUGGCUCAGUCGCAAAAUGUUUUGCCUAAUGGAGAUUCCAAUGUGAAAGCUGAGUACUGACAUAAGGACCCAAGCCGCGAAGAGCAAGAAGCUCUGUAGCUCUCCUAUGCUUACAGUGUGAGGAAGGCCCUGGGAACAAACAACUGAUACUAUGUGUUAUUCAUAGGAGGGAACAAACAACUGAUACUAUAUAUCCUUGUACGCACUGGCCUUUUCUAGGAGGGAUCAAUAGUACUCCCUCCGUAAAGAAAUAUAAGAGCAUUUAGAUCUAAACGCUCUUAUAUUUCUUUACGGAGGGAGUACAUCUGUAUAUUAUGUCACAAUUAUAUAUUUGACUUCCCAUUUGUUGUAGUCAAUGCUACUCAGCUAGAUUUGCCGUGUUUUUGUCCAUCUAUGUAGCCAUCAUCAGCCAGAAUUGGUAAUUAGGGUACCUCUUUAUGAAUGGGUUAUGGUGCUACUUGCAGUCGAGUAGUAAGUUAA